GAUGUCCAUAAUAGGAGUAUUGGGUGGUAUUUGUUCAGGAAAAAUGUUAUUUUGUUAAUUAAUGAAAGAAUUGUAUGACUAUUAGAUAGUUUAAUUUGAUCAGGAGAUGGAUUUGAAUAAAACUGCAAUGAAUAUUUAUAAUAAUUGGAAUACACCCACAAUAAUAACAGCAAUCACUACAAAAGAAUAAAUACGAGUGUUAAAGAAAAGAAAUUAUUUUCAUUUAAUAUUUUUGGAUGCACCUUCAGUAAUAAGAUAUAGAAGAUAUUGUGAAAAACAUGGGUAAAUUAAAUUUGAAGAUUUUGUAAAACUUGAUGAUAAAGUAUUAAAGUUUUUACAUAUCUCAGCAAAAAUAUGAUUUAGAUUUCUUAGAGUUGGCAAAGAAUUGUAAGGUAUAUCUAAAAAAUAAUACAAAUACUAUUGAGGAAUUCACCAAUUACUUGAAACAAUAAAAGACUAAAAUUAUUAGACCAUUUCGACCUGAUUGGGAUGUAUAUUUCAUGAAAGUUAUAUUAUAUAAUAUUAUAUUAUAGAUUGCAUACACAGUUAAAUAGAGAAGUAAUUGUAUGAAAAAAAGUGUUGGAGCAGUAUUAGUUAACAAUAAUAAAAGAAUUUUAAGUACCUCUUAUAAUGGAACUCCAAAAGUGAUGAAAAAUUGUAAUGAAGGAGGUUGUGAUGUUUGUAAAGAAUCAAAAACUUUAGAUUUAAUUUUAUAUAAAUGUAUGUGCAUUCAUGCAGAAGAAGGAUGCAUCUUAGAAUUAGGUAUCACACAAACUAGAAAUACUACAUUGUAUACAACUUUGUUUCCAUGUGUUUGGUGUUGUAAAGCUCUUUUGUAAGCUGUAUGAUUUAGAUAUUUAUUUUUAGGAAGUUUCAAGAAUUGUUUAUUGUGAAUAAGGUAAUUGGGAUCUAUCUUUGUAGAUUAUAUAAAAUUUAAUAAAAUAUGAUUAAAUAGAUGUUGAACAAUAUAUUUAUUGA